AUGGCUACCACAUCUGCCAGGUGGACCGAUGGUCUACGAUUCUCAUCACUGUUUUGGCCUCCCCCUCUAGACACGCAACAGCGUAAGGCACAAAUUACUGCAUAUGUUGACUACUUUGGUCAAUUUACAUCAGAGCAAUUUCCUGAAGAUAUAGCUGAGCUGGUUCGCCACCGCUACCCCUCACAGGAAAAACGCCUGUUUGAUGAUGUCUUAGCAACAUUUGUCCUUCAUCAUCCAGAACAUGGGCAUAAUGUCAUUCUUCCAAUAAUUUCAUGUAUCAUCGAUGGAACAAUGGAGUAUGAUAGAAACACUCCCCCAUUUGCUUCCUUCAUUUCACUAGUCUGCCCCACCAAUGAUAAUGAGUAUUCUGAACAAUGGGCUUUGGCAUGUGGGGAGAUAUUAAGAAUUUUAACGCAUUACAACAGACCGAUUUUUAAGGCUGAACAUCAGCAUAAUGUAACAGAUAGAAGCAGCAGUGGGAGUCAAGCUUCAACAAGUAAUUCUGUUAAUGGUGAAACUUCUUCAUCAUCUGCACAAAAUGAAGUGAAACCACUGAGGCCAUUAUCUCCAUGGAUUACUGAUAUCUUGCUUGCUGCUCCUUUAGGUAUCAGAAGUGACUACUUUCGCUGGUGUGGUGGUGUCAUGGGGAAAUAUGCAGGAGGGGAACUGAAACCACCUUCUGUGGUGAUGGCUUCUUCUAGGGGAUCUGGAAAGCAUCCACAGCUGAUUCCAUCAACACCAAGGUGGGCAGUUGCUAAUGGUGCUGGUGUGAUAUUGAGUGUUUGUGAUGAAGAAGUAGCUCGUUAUGAAACUGCUACUCUAACUGCAGCUGCUGUUCCUGCUCUUUUACUCCCACCUCCAACAACUUCCAUGGAUGAACAUCUUGUUGCAGGUCUUCCAGCUUUAGAACCAUAUGCAAGGUUGUUCCAUAGGUAUUAUGCAAUUGCUAGUCCAAGUGCUACCCAAAGGCUUCUUCUUGGACUUCUAGAAGCGCCUCCAUCAUGGGCUCCAGAUGCUCUUGAUGCUGCUGUUCAGCUUGUUGAGCUCCUUAGAGCUGCUGAAGAUUAUGCAUCUGGGAUGAGGCUUCCAAGAAACUGGAUGCAUUUGCAUUUCUUACGAGCAAUUGGAACUGCAAUGUCGAUGAGAGCUGGUAUUGCUGCAGAUGCUGCAGCUGCUUUACUUUUUCGGAUACUUUCUCAACCUGCUUUGCUUUUUCCUCCUCUUACACAAACUGAAGGAGUUGAACUUCAAGAUGAACAUCUCAAUGGCUACAAUUCAAACCCUAAAAAGCAGAGAGAAAUGCCAACAACUGAAGCAACAAUAGAAGCAACAGCGCAAGGGAUUGCUUCAAUGCUCUGUGCACAUGGACCAGAAGUGGAAUGGAGAAUCUGCACCAUUUGGGAAGCUGCAUACGGCUUAAUCCCAUUAAGUUCUUCCAUAAUCGACCUCCCUGAAAUCAUCGUCGCUGCACCUUUACAACCUCCGAUCCUUUCAUGGAACCUCUACAUCCCUCUUCUUAAAGUCCUGGAAUAUCUCCCUCGUGGAUCCCCAUCCGAAGCUUGUCUCAUGAAGAUCUUCGUCGCUACUGUUGAAACAAUCCUUCAACGAACAUUCCCAUUCGAACAAAUCAAAAAAUCAAAAAACGUUUUCGGAUCCGCGUCAAAUAACAUCGCGGUGGCGGAGCUUCGUACCAUGGUUCACUCUCUGUUUCUCGACUCCAUCGCCACCGUUGAACUCGCUUCUCGAUUGCUUUUUGUUGUGUUAACUGUUUGCGUCAGUCACGAAGCACGAAGAGGAAGAGAUGAAGAUAAAGAUAGUUCAGUGACUAGAAGCGAAAAAUUGAGAAACAAACAAGGAUCCGGAUCCGGACCCGGACCAGUAUCCGCUUUUGAUUCUUACGUUUUGGCAGCAGUUUGUGCGCUUGCGUGUGAGCUACAGAUAUUUCCAUUGAUUUCGAGAGUCGGAAAGCAUUCAAAGCAUAUUCCAAACACAAACACGAAAGCGAAGGACAUAGAAUCUUUCAAUGAGUUUCAAAGUAGCAUCAAAUCUGCAGUUUCUCAUACGCGUCGAUUACUAGCGAUUCUGGAAGCGCUAUUUUCGUUGAAACCUUCUUCCGUCGGGACUUCAUGGAGUUACAGUUCGAACGAAAUCGUCGCAGCUGCUAUGGUCGCUGCUCAUAUCUCUGAACUUUUCCGACAAUCGAAAGCGUGUAUGCGUGCUUUAUCAGUUCUGAUGCGAUGCAAAUGGGAUAAACCGAUUCACUCAACAGCAUCUUCCCUUUAUAACCUAAUCGAUGUUCAUAGUAAAGCUGUUGCAUCGAUUGUGAACAAAGCGGAACCACGGGAAGCUCAUUUGCUGAAGGAUGCUCUUGUGAACUUAAAUGGUAAAAGACAGAAUAAAGGAUCUGAAAAAGGGGAAUCAUGGAGAUCUGUAAGGGCAUGUGAGGAGGUUUCGAGUGAGGAUUCGGAGAAGGAGGAGAUAACGAGUUUUCCUUUCAAUGCUUCGGAGUUGGCUAAUUUUCUUACGAAGGAUAGGCAUAUUGGGUUUAAUUGUAGUGCGAGGAUACUUUUGACUUCGGUGUUGACUGAGAAACAGGAGCUCUGUUUCUCUGUUGUGUCGUUGCUUUGGCAGAAGCUGAUUGCUUCACCUGAAACGCAAGUUACUGCAGAAAGCACUUCUGCUCAACAAGGAUGGAGACAGGUGGUGGAUGCACUAUGCAAUGUGGUGUCAGCAUCACCAACAAAGGCUGCAACUGCGGUUGUCCUUCAGGCUGAGAGAGAAUUGCAGCCAUGGAUUGCUAAAGAUGAUGAUGUUGGUGAAGAAAUGUGGAGAGUGAACCAGAGGAUUGUUAAGCUAAUUGUGGAGCUAAUGAGAAAUCACAAUACCCCUGAGUCAUUGGUAAUUAUGGCAAGUGCUUUAGAUCUCCUCCUUCGUGCUACAGAUGGCAUGCUUGUUGAUGGAGAAGCAUGUACUCUACCACAACUCGAGCUUUUGGAAGCAACUGCUAGAGCAGUUCAACCAGUGCUGGAAUGGGGAGAAUCUGGAAUGGCAGUUGCAGAUGGACUCUCGAAUCUUCUCAAGUGUCGGUUGCCGGCUACCGUUCGGUGCCUUUCUCACCCGAGUGCUCAUGUGCGUGCCCUUAGCACCUCAGUUCUUAGAGCCAUUUUGCAUGCCGGCUUCAUCAACCCAAGCGGCGGCGGUGGUGGUGGUGGAGGUGGUCCUGCGUACAAGUAUGUGAGGGUGGAUGUGGUUGACUGGGAGGCGGAUGUUGGAAAGUGUUUAACAUGGGAAGCUCACAGUCGAAUUGCGACUGGAAUGCCGAUUCAGUAUCUGAAUACGGCGGCUAAGGAAUUGGGAUUGGGGUGUCCAAUUCCGAUUCCCAUAUCUAUCUAAUCAAACAAUCAAUCAAUCAAUCGCUAAUGCAAUUAACAUAUGCGGAUUCCAUUCCGCUUGUUGUAAUCUUCUAUGUUGUGUAUACACUGUGGAUAAUAUUUAGGGUUUUGUUGUGAAAUUCAAACCAUGGAUUUUGAAAGCGGGUUAGUUCUUUAUGUUUAUGUAUAUGACUUGAUGAGUAC